AUGUGCUUAGAGCAACUAGAAAAGUGGUCAUUGAUAGAAGAAAGUGCAAUGCAACAGAAAUCUAGAGCUACAUGGAUUAAGUUCGGUGAUUCAAACACAAAAUACUUCACAGUUGUGAUGAAAGAAAAGCAGCAGCAGAAACAGAUCCUGGAAAUUACUUCUCUGACAAGAAUGAAGCUACAGGAUCCCAGGGCUAAUAAAACAGAAUUUGCUGAUUUUUAUAAGUCCUUGAUGGGAUCAGCUGCCACUACCUUACCUACAGUCAAUAUGCUGACACAGAAAUAUGAAGCCCUUUGCUUAAUUGGAGAUCACAAAGCCGCAGGAAUAGAUGGAUACAAUGCUAUAUUUUUCAAAAAAGUCUGGCCUAUCAUUAAAGAGGAAGUAUGUGAAGCAGUAAAGGAGUUCUUCAUCACAGGGGUCCUAUAA